AACUCAUACAGAAAUCGUAGUCCGAAAGUCCGAAAAAUGUGUGGUAAACAGUAUAUUUUGCUGGUCCUUGUAAUGUCUGCAGCUCUUUCAGAAUCAAAGCGUCCUAAUUGUCGAAGAAUGGGAGGAAACUGUAUGAAAUCUUGCACUGGUAAUAAUAUACUACUACCGGGCGGAACAUGCUGUGGUAAAAAAGUAUGUUGCACCGAAACAUGCUCUAAUGUAGGCACCGGCUGCGAGCAGCCUAUGACAGAAAGACAAUGUGCCAGUAGGGCGGAAGACUGUCCUGCUACUUUUUCUGCAUCAGAUGCAACCAGCGGUCAAUUCACAUGCUGCUCAAGUACAUUAUUCCCGUACUGUUGUUCCCCAAAUUUUAAAUGA